GUGGAUGCUGCUCCUCGCAGGAGCUCCGCCCUCAGAGUGGCCAGCUGUUACUGGAUUGGACGCGCGGGUUAGGGUGUGCACAGGGUGUCCAAUCGUUCUGGCGCCCGAAGCGCAGUCAGGUGUGCAGGCGCAGAGGGCACCCAGGGCAGGUAUGGCGAGCUGGUGGCGCGCGUUUCCACGGGCCGCUCGGCGCUAUCCGUGGCCCACUAACGUGCUGCUCUACGCCGGGCUCUUCUCGGCGGGUGAUGCACUGCAGCAGCGACUGCGGGGCGGCCCAGCUGACUGGCGCCAGACGCGGCGCGUGGCCACUCUGGCCGUGACCUUCCACGGAAACUUCAACUACGUGUGGCUGCGCCUGCUGGAGCGCACGCUGCCAGGCCGCGCGCCGCGCACAAUCCUGGCCAAGGUGCUAUGCGAUCAGACUGUCGGAGGGCCGAUAGCCCUCUCUGCCUUCUACGUCGGUAUGAGCAUUCUCCAGGGAAAGGAUGACAUAUUUUUGGACUUGAAGCAGAAAUUUUGGAAUACGUAUAAGAGCGGUCUGAUGUACUGGCCUUUUGUGCAGCUGACCAACUUCAGCCUUGUCCCUGUGCACUGGAGGACAGCAUAUACAGGACUCUGUGGUUUCCUCUGGGCUACCUUUCUAUGCUUUUCACAGCAGAGUGGUGAUGGUACAGUGGAGUCCAUAUUCAUCUUCCUUCGAAGGAAGGAGGCAGGUGACAAGUCCCCAGAGAAGUGAGGAGUCUGGACUCCCUUCCUGGGUCUCAACUCUGUUUCUCCAUCGGUCUCAAUCACCUGCAGCAGGCCUGCUUCACUGAUCAGUUAUGGGUUCUAUCAGAAAGGCAUUCCAUAGGCCCACUUGAUUUAAAAUUAUCAAUGAUUAUUUUAACUUUUAUCCAAACCUUUCCCAGUCAUUCCAGUAUGAAAGUCUUAUUCUCUGGUAUUUUCAUGUCUUUAAUGCUUUGGUUAAAAACUACAACAAUGGCAUUUGACAUUUUAGAAUUAUUAACAUUUCUAUUCUAAUACUAUAUGGCUGGUUGAAUUUAAAAAAAAACAAACCUCCAAUUUUGAUUGUAUUUCUAGCCUAAACUCUCAGGCUAUUUCCUACAUACUGUGGAAUCUGAUUGCCUUUUGUUCUUACAGUAAAUUUCUAUGCAUAUAAAAUUCAGUCAAGAAGGUUGAAUAUUUAGUCACUCCCCAGAUAAUUUAUGAUAAUGUAUUAUUAUGCCAACACUAAAAUUUUAUAAGGACAUGUUUUUAAUGUUAAAAAAAGGAAUAGUGUUGGAUAUAUUCUGUAUAGAAUAUUUUAUUGAUGCUGUCUACUUUUUUAAAGAAGGAGCUCUCUUUGUGUAGCUCAGGCUGCCCUGGGACUCACUAGAUACCCCAGCAAGGCCUCAGCUCUCCAAGUGCUGAGAUUACAUACAUGUCUUACUCUUCUGCUUUUAUAUUAUACCAUCCGAGUAAGGUUUUUAAAAAUUGAUGUCUUCUAGCUUUGAGAAGAUAUGCCCCAAUUCCUAAAUAUAUGAAAUAAAAUGUUUGGUUUCUGAAUGAAUUACAGCAAAUGAAAAUUCUAGAAAAUUAACUUCUUUCCUCUCUAAGGAAGAACUCUAAUCCAUACUAGACCAAUCUACACAGUUUGUAGCAACCCUUCUGCCUCUACAUUCCAAAUACUUGGAUUGCAGACAUGAGCCACCAUGCCUGGCUCUGUGUGUGUGUGUGUGUGUGUGUGUACUAGGGGUGGAGCCAGGGCCUUGCACAAACAAGUGCUCUGCUGCGAGCCGCGUCCUAGAGCCCUCAUGGUAGUCUCUUAUAAAUCAGUGCUUCAGAACUCUUUAUCUUCAUACUUUAAGAUGGACACAAACAUCAGCCAGUCUUUCACAUUUAUUCAGUUUGUCUAAUCUCAGCCAGCCACCUUCAGGUUUCAGAGCUACGCAGAUAACCAGGCCUGGAGGUGUGUGCCUCUCUACUAAUAACCACACAUGGAGGUGUGUGCCUCUCUACUAAUAACCACACAUGGAGGUGUGUGCCUGUCUACUCAAAAAGCUAUGGAGGAGGAUCAUUGCAGCCCAGGAGUUCAAGACUGGACUGGAAAAAAAAAAGCAAGUCUCUGUCUCAAGACCACAAAAAUAAAAAAUUUAAAACUAUAAAUGUCUUAAGAGAUUUCAGCCAUCUCACCUGAAAAAUGUCCCCAUGGUUCUGUUGCUUCUACUGGCAUACAUGACAAAUUUCGAGAUGUGAAACACUGAAUUUUGAGUUUCUCUUGUGAAUGUAUAAAGUCAAUUUUAUAAUUCAUACUUAAAUUUCUAAGCAAUUAAUUUAUAUGGUUUGUAAUAUGUUUGUAUAAAUUAUAAUCAUGUACCUUCUAAGGGUCUAAAUUAUGGAAUGUAAUAGAAAUUGUUGGGAUGGUGUGAAGGUAUAACUAACUGUAUUUUCACUUGUUAAUUGCUGUACCCUAAGCCAUUUGCUGGCAGGAUUUGGGUAUUGUAAUUUUUAUGGCCCAUUGCUAGUUUACUAUGUGUAAAUGUUUGACCUUCCUACCUGCCCAAAAAGAUGAUUCUCUAGCAGCCCUCAACGCCAAAGGGCAACGCUAAAAGACAGGUUGUUGUCCUGAUGCUCAUUGGUUCAGACUGGAAUGUGGCUUUUGUAUAAUAAAGAGCUGAAGCCGGGGCAGAAGUAACUUCUGUGUCGGCAGACACAUAGAUGCAGGCGGCAUGGACACAUGCAGGGGGAUUUAGAAGGAGACAAAAGUGAAGAAGGGAGGCAGAAGGGACAUGGAUAGUGCAGGAGGCAUGAAGUGAGAGCCACGUGGAAAGAUGGUGUGGUGGCUUGAAUUUGCUUGACCCAUGGGAAGUGGCACUAUUGAGAGGUGUGGCUUGUUAAAGGAAGUGUGUCACUUUGGGGGUGGCCUUUGAGGUCCUAUGCUCAAGCUCAGCACUAUAGGGAGAGACCCUCCUCCUGGUUGUCUAUGGGAGAGAUUUCCCUUCUGUCUGCCUUUAGAUCAAGAUGUAGAACUCUCAGCUCCCUCUCCAGCACGAUGUCUGCCUGUUAGCUGCCAUGUUUCCCACCUUACUGAACUGAACCUAUGCACUUGAUGGACUGAAUCUAUGAAACUGUAAGCCAGCCAUGAUUAAAUGU